UAGUAACCAGAAAGUAGUCGGUGCACGUUCGCCGUGGCGCGCAUAUCGUACACGCCGCCGCAAGUGUCGUCUACCGUCGAGUGUCGUUCACGACUUACACGACCGACGUUUCGGCGCGGUCCUGCUCGAUAUUAUAUAAUCAUAUUCGUGCGCAUCCCUGGUGACGUCGUGUGCGAGAUGGUGUUUUUCGUCAGGAACAAGUCGGACCGACGUGAAUUGUUGGCCAGCAUGGCCAGCGUCGAUCACGUUUCGUCGCUCAAGAUCCACGACAACGCUGCAUUCCAACAUGUCCGUGAUAAUAUGGACGAAAUCAAUUAUCAUGUAAAGGCCAAAGAGACUGAUAUAAUAUUUUUGAAAACUUUGAUGGAUAAUCCUACUGUAGAAUCAUUAAUUAAAGUUCAAAACUCUUUGGAGGAGUACGAAACGUGUGUACCAGAAGCCAAUAACUCUAAGCAAACCUUGAUCGAUUUGUGUCAUCACUGUACAUCGUCAAAACAUCCAUUGGCCAAAGAUUUACUCUCAAUAAUUACCAAAUUACAUUUUAAGACCCUUUUAGAAGUACAUGAUAAAAUAGCUUUAAAGAGACUGAAGAAAACAUUAGAUACCUUUGAUUUACCUCCAACUCCCCCCUCACCACCUCAACAACAGAACGGAACCAAAAUGUCUACACAGACGUACAAAGUAAUUGGAUUACGAAAAAAACCAGACGAACCAUUGGGUUUAACUGUUGAACAAGACGAAAAUGGAAAUCUUAUAGUAGCAAGAAUAUUAGCUGGAGGUACAAUUGAUAAACAAGGGUUAUUGAAAAAAGGAGAUGUCAUAUUAGAAGUAAAUGGUGAAAGAGUUGAGAGUCCUGAAGAUUUAAUGAAUGAAGUUAGCCGUAGCAAAGAUACGUUGCAGUUUCGAAUUGCUCCUGGAUUUUCCCAAAAGAAUACAAUUCAAACUCAACAGUGUUACAUGCGAGCAUUGUUUGAUUACGACCCAAUGGAAGACACUUUAAUUCCUUGCAAAGAAAUUGGUCUAACGUUUAAACAUGGAGACAUUCUUCAGGUUCUGGAUCAAAAAGAUCCAAAUUGGUGGCAAGCAAAGAAAGUUGGCGAUAAUGAACUUCCCGGGUUAAUACCAUCUCAAGAAUUGGAGGAAAGAAGAAAAGCUUUUGUAGCUCCAGAAGCAGACUAUGUUCAUAAAACUAGUAUUUGUGGAACUAGGAUUUCUAAAAAAAAGUGUAAGAAAAUGUAUCAAUCAAAAUGGAACGGUGAAUUUGAUAAAGCAGAAUUAAUAUUGUACGAAGAAGUUACAAAAAUGCCUCCUUUUAAAAGACGUACACUAGCACUAAUAGGCACAACCGGUGUGGGGAGACGCACUCUGAAAGGUCGUCUGAUAAACAGUGACCCUCAACGAUUUGCAGGAGUUAUACCAUACACAACACGACCACAGAGAGAAUUAGAAGAAAAUGGUCAAAAUUAUUGGUUUACUGAUCGUGAUCAAAUGGAACAUGAUAUUCGAGAGCAUAAAUUUUUGGAAUAUGGUGAAAAUGGAGGCAAUUUAUAUGGCACAAACUUGGAUUCCAUCCGUGAUGUCAUUAAUGAAGGAAAAAUGUGUGUCUUGGACUGCAGUCCAGUGGCUUUAAAAAUGCUUCACAAUUCUUCAGAAUUUAUGCCAUACGUAAUUUUUAUAGCAGCACCUGGUGUUGAGGUAAUGAAAAGCCUAUACGAUUAUUCCAGAAACCUUGGUUAUUCCACUCGUACAUUGACGUUUGAUCGCCAAAGUUCCAUUAGAUAUAGUUCUAGAAGAGCCCGUACAUUAGAAUCGCUUGCGUCGAUUUAUGAGGAAGAUGACGUAAAGAAAUCAUUGGAAGAAAGCGCUUGUUUACAACGUAUGUACGAAAAGUACAUAGACCUAGUUAUAGUUAAUGAAGAUUUUGAUAUGACAUUCCGUAAAGUUGUUGAAGCCUUGGAAAUCAUAUCUAAUGAACAUCAAUGGGUGCCUGUGAAUUGGGUAUAUUAA